AUGUUCAAAAAACCACCACAGGUGAAACCAGCGGCGAAUAUCAAAUCAUCCGAUCGAAGGAAACUUUUAUCAACAGUAUGCAAGACCUACAAUCUCCCUAUUGAUGAGAUCGCCAAAGAAGGACUAGAUAAUCUCGUGCCACCAAUCAGCAAAAAGGCAACUUUUACAUCACCAGUUGACAAAAAAUUAACAGGAACAAUAUAUUUCGAUUCCAAUGAGAUUCCAACUUGGUUUCAAACUAGAGACUCUCAAUUGUACCCAUCACUAUUCACAUGUUGGAAAUGCCCUUAUGUUUUACCGUUGGUGAAGACGCAUGAACCUGUUAUUGGAGUUUUAGGAAAGGGAGCCGAUUUGAUGUUACCCGGUACUAUUCCUCCAUUUGAUAAACGAGCAGUGAAGAAUGCAGUCGUUGGUAUUGUCUCAAAAGAGAAGCCAAAUGUGAUUAUGGCUGUUGGAGUGUGUCGAUUGAAUUUGACACAGUUUGAUUAUGUCGUUGGAAGAUCAGGAAUGGCAGUGGAGAUUAUCCAUCAUUUUGAUGAUGAGUUGAUAAAGUUGAAUAAGGAGAUUGAUGUAGUGAUACCUGAGGAAGUGGAUGCCGAAUUUCCAAAAGCCGCUAAGGAAGAAGUGGUGGAAACGGGUGAAGACGAGACAACUGAGAUAAACGAGGAGCCAGUCAGUAAACCCCCUGAGGCUGAUUCCAUUGCUGGAACAGACACAACGGGGAAUGAAAACAACACCGAGAUUGAUGAUGUUGCCGAAGAGUUGGCCCAAUUGACAGCAGAGGAAGUGGAUAAUUUCUUUGUCAGAUCAUUACUUCAAACCAUCAAGUUGGAAACUGUUGAAUUGCCAAUAAAUGCAUCAACAUUUAUGUCGUCAUACAUAUACAAGAACUUGCCCAUACUUGAUUCAUCCUACGCCAACAUCAAAAAAACAUCAUGGAAAAAAACCUCCAAAUACCUCAAAGCCAUGGCUAAAUCAUCUUAUUUGGAAGUCAAGGGCAAAGAUGAAGAUCUAUCCAUCAUCAAACUAAUGUCACGCACCAACCCCACAAUCGAAAACUUUGUUCCUCACAAGAUCAACAAAGUGAAGAAACCAACGUCCUCCAAUUCAGAUGGGGGAUCCUCUUCCUCCUCAAUGAUGAAGAUUACCACUUUAUACAAACCAACUAGUAAAUCACGCAUGUUUUUUAAUAAACUCGAUGCUAGAUUUGACCAUUUAUAUACUUUACCCGAGCUACGCACCAUGUUCAAUGAUUACAUCAAAUUGGCCAAUUUGGUCAACCCAACGAAUCCGAAACAAAUUAUUGUUGAUGAAAUUAUUUCCAAUCCAACAAACAAACCAAAUGGCUCACAAGUUGCUCGUGACCAAAUCUUUACCACUUUCUUGACCAAUUUCACUCCACAUUACUCAAUCACAUCUCAACAACAUAGCCAUUUGGGUAAAGGCACACCACCCAAGAUUCACAUUGUUACUGAAAUGAAGAUUGGUCGUAAAGUUAUAACACGGGUUGGUAAUUAUGACAAGUUUUUUAUCAAACAAGGGGCAUUUGCUGAGGAGUUGAGAAAAUUGUGUUCGGGAUCAACGACUAUUGUUGAUGAUGAACAAGUACAAGUACAAGGACCUCAUGGAAAUACGAUUAUUAAUUUGUUGAAGGAAAAAGGUGUUCCGUUGGGGUGUAUUGAAUUUGAGGAUAAAGUAAAGAAGAAAAAAAAGAGAAGCUAG